UAGCUUUAUAUUAUAUAUAGAUUGAAAGAACAUCUUUUUAAUUAUGUGAAAUACCACUUAUUUUAAAACAAGAGAAUAUCAUUGGCCCGUGCUAUCCCAUCCGGUAGAAAUAAAUGUUGCCAUUCGCAGAAAGAACUUUUAUUUCCUCACUGAACUUUAACGGUACUCCAUAACAUAAUCAAAAUUUCCUUGGAAAAAAAAAAGAAAAAGAAAAACAGAGGCAUGAAUGGGCGAAGGCGACGAUUCAUCGCAGCAACUUCAUCAAUGGGCGAUUUCCGUAUUAAGUUCUCUCGAAUCGUAUCUCAGCACCAACAACUAAAAUUCGCCUUCAAUCAACUCGAUACUCACAUCCGUACUGGCUUACAAGAAGCUGCGGAUGUGUUUGAAUCGUUAGCGAAUCCGUUGAUGAAGCUUGUUGGAUUGAAGACUGUUGAAAUGGCUGAAGAAGGAAAAUAUACUACUGUUGUGAUUGAUUAUCCUACUCAUUUUCAUGCCAAUGGCUGCAAGAGAAACGAGAAUAGAGCUGAAACGAUGGUGAGAAAGGAGGCUAGUGAAAUUGAGGAAGAAGGCUAUAUGAAUAGAGCCAAAACAGUUGGCAAAGAGCUAAUUCAGAAACAAGAGAUGCAGCUAAGGCAGUUGAUCCAUCUGCUUAGACAAGUUGAAUCCCAAGUAAAUACAAGCCAAACCAACAUUCUUCAGACCCUUAGUGACCAUCAAACUUCCAUACAUAGUGUUUUCAAGAAAGCUGUUGCAUAUGUUUCUGCCAUUCACCAAAGAGGCGAAAAUAAUGGCACUUCUUUGAUCACAAUUCAACUUUUGAAACACAUAUUUCGUCUUGUUAUUACUACACUGAGCUCGGUAGAGUGUGGAGUGGACAACCUAGUGGAUGAGCUAGCUACAAGAAUGUGUAGGCCAAUGGUCGACUAUGUCAAGGGUCUUAAGCUCGAAGUCACAUCAGGAAGAUGCCAUCGCCUACUGAACAUAGUGGAAGAGAUGGGAGGAGCAAUGAGAACAGGGAGGACAGAGUUGGAGGAAGCAAGGAAGAAGGCAAGACUAGCAGAACAUAAUAGACGUGAGGCGCUGUACAAGCUGAAGGAAUCAGAAGAUUUGGCAAGGAAAUAUCAGGGAUUCCUCCCAAAAGCCAAGAAUGGAUCAAAGGAACAAUUUGAGCAAGAGAAGCUUGCAGUGAAGGACCAGGAUCAUGCUAAAGAGGACAACCUACUGUGGGAUCUACUAAAGAAGAAGAGAAAAUUAGGCAUGGGAAAUGGCAGCAGUAAACCGUGUGGCCUUCCACUGAGCCAUUUGAAAGAGCUAGGUCCACAAACCCCAUGUUUGGGUCCCUCCUCUUCACCUACGUACAGUUCAAAUGGGCAUCGUUUGCUACCCAUGAUACCCCUGGGUACCUCGCCUUCAGUGACAUAUCCCCAACACAGACCUCAGAAGAAGAUCAAAUCCGGAUUUCAUACUUAAAAUUUUAGCAUAUGGAAAGCAGGACACUUGCUAAUAGGGGACUUGGAGCAGUUCGCCUAUUGCUUGCUUUAGGUAACUAUACUUCGAUUACCUUUUUAACUUUUACUUGCAAGGUGCUUCAGUGGUUUGCCAUGAGUUCUGUUAUUCCACCAUGUUGACAGUGUAUAAAGUAAACUUUAGUGCGCAGUCACCGAUUAAAUUUUCCAAACCAUGAUAAUAUCCUCUGGCGUGGACAAUGGUUACAAGCAAAACUGUUUGCAAACCGUUGAAGAGCUACUAUGUCCUGCAUUAUUAGAUGAGUAAGAGAAACAUAGAAAUUAUGCUAAAGAAAGUAGCAGUGUAUUUUAAACAAUAGUGGAAAUGCAGAUUACUGCUGGUAAAAUGGAUAAAAUAUCCAAGUAUCCUCCUAAUCUAUCCAUUUAAAAACAGUUGGAUAGCCAACUUGCUAAAAAGCGGAUCAAAUAUGGACUAAUCCUUAUAACCCGUGGUAAAAAAUGGAUAAACCACGGGUCGAAAAUGGAUAAAUCCAUAUUGGUGCUGCUGGAACUGAGUCCGGCGCCUAAAUGGCAUAAAAAUGGACCAAAGUUUCCAAAAGGGGUUAUGAAA